AUGGCGGCUGCAUCUGCCGCAUUCUCUCGCAAUAUAAGGGUUUUCUGGCUCACUGUAACGCGAUCACAACGUAUCAACUAUCAACUGCCACAGCAUAAAAAACUUAUUAUAGAUGCUGGAGCCUUGCCCUGUCUCGUAGAUUUGUUAAGAAGGCACAAGAGCUGUCCCAUUUGUAGUCCACUUGUUGGUCUUCUAAGGAUAGUAGCUAAUGCAAUAUGCUAUCUUGCCUCUGAUAAUACCAACAUUAAGACUCUUGUCAGGAUGGAAGGUGGUAUCCCUCCUCUUGUUGAAUUGGUUGAAUUCAAUGUCACAGAGUUACAGAAAGCAGUUGCAUCGGGGUUGGCAACUCUUGCAUAUGAUAAUCAUGACAAUAAAAAACAGAUUGUUGAAUGCGGUGCAUUACGCACUCUUGUACUAAUGCUUCAAUCAGAGGAUUCAAAAAUGCAUUACGAGGCGGGUGUUGUGAUUGAAAAGCUGGUCCAUUCAUCGCCAGAUAUUACGAAAGAAGUGCUUGCAGCUGGGGCUUUAGAACCUGUUAUUUGUUUACUUAGCAAAAAGCAAGCAGCCCGUUUAAUUGGUAUAUUUGCAGCAACAGAUUCAGAUUGCAAGGUUCAUAUUAUCCAAAGAGGGGUUAUUCCACAAUUACUUGACAUGCUUAAUAGUCAUGGGGAAAUGGCGGUUUUUGCACUUGGGAGUUUGGCACCGGAAUCACAUAAUCAAGCUGUUUUAUCUCUCUAUGGUCUUGCUGAUAAUGAGCUUGCGGAUUUUAUCGAGGCUGGUGGUUUUCAGAAACUGAAGGAUGGACAUUUCAAAUAUCAAUGCCGCCGCUGCACGCCCGCACCUGCGUCCUGCUCCGACACUCCGGCGAUUGUGAUCACCGCCGGAAAACACCGCGGUCCCACUCCCAACACCGAGAAAGCUUCGAAACGAACACACUCUCAAAGUAGGGUUACUCAGCGCAGAGCAAUCUCCUCCGCUGUCAACAUGCUCCACAACAAGUCCUUCGUCAAGAAAACCAAAGGUGGCAAAGUCAUAAAGUUAAUUAUUUUUGUUUUCUUUGUUUGGGAGUACCAAGUGCGGGAGCACUACCUGCGCGACGAUAUAUACUGCGGCGCACCGUUUUGCACCGUUUGCGAUUCUUCCAGUGCUCGCCUCAGUGCUUCGCCUUCCACCAUUCUCUUCGUCGACACCAAUGUCGUUCUCAACCAGAUUGAUUUGCUGGAGAAUCCGGCGAUUGACGAUGUUGUGGUGUUGUCCAUUGUGUUGGAAGAGGUUAAGAACAAGAACAUGUCUGUUUACAACCGUAUAAGAGCUAUCUGUAGCCAUUCCAUGAGGAAGUUCUUUGUUUUUUCCAAUGAAUACCACAGGGAUACAUAUAUUAAGGAAAUGAGUGGGGAAACUAAAAAUGAUAGGAAUGAUAGAGCUAUUCGAGUGCCUACUCAGUGGUAUCAGAAUCAUCUUGGUGGUGCAGUAAAGGUGUUGCUUAUAACUAAUGACAAAGAGAACAAAAGGAAGGCUAGUGAAGAGGGCAUUUUGGCCGAAACAGUUGAGUCAUAUGUGAAGUCUUUGGACCAACCUGAUUUACUUGAUCUGCUUGUGCGGCCUGCAUCUGAAGAUGUGGACAUGGAAGAGGUUGAAGAUCUUAGACCAUCCAAGAGGAAAGUCAUCUACUCCGAGCAUAAGCCGAUGUCAGAAAUUACUUCUGGUUUGCAUCGUGGAAUAUAUCAUCAUGGGAAACUUCGUGUUAACCGUUAUAAUCCAUUUGAAGCAUAUGUUGGGAGUGAGAGCAUCGGUGAUGAAAUAAUUAUUUAUGGGCGCUCAAACAUGAAUCGAGCAUUUGAUGGGGAUAUUGAAGCAGCUGAACUUCUGCCUCAGGACCAGUGGCAAGGAGUCUCAUCUCUAUCUAUAGCCCAUGAAGACGAGGAUGAGGAUGAAGAUGUUCAUCUAGCUCCAAAUAGUGCUGAUGAUGCACCUAGAACUAUUCCUCAGCAGGGUUCUUCUGAACAAGUAAAUGCUGUGCCCAGUCGUCCUUCUGGUCGUAUUGUUGGCAUUAUAAAGAGAAACUGGCAUUCGUAUUGUGGAUCUUUGGAGCCAAUGCCUAUGCCUGCAGGGAGUGGUGGUAUUGCCCAUGCCUUGUUUGUCUCCAAAGAUCGCAGAAUUCCCAAGAUUCGAAUCCAAACCCGUCAAGUUGAGAACCUUUUGGAUAAGAGGAUUAUUGUGGAAGUUGAUUCUUGGGAUUGUCAGUCUCGAUAUCCAUCAGGCCAUUAUGUGCGAACUAUAGGGGAGAUAGGUGAUAGAGAUACUGAAAGCGAGGUAUGGAAUAUUGGAUUUUGUAUGAUUUCUCUCUUUGUAUCAAUAGUGGGAAAAACUAGUAUAAUCAUCCGUCACUAGAGCGUCAUUAGGAACUUGGCAACUUGCUUGUCACUAGAGCGUCAUUAGGAACUUGGCAACUUGCUUGUCACUAGAGCGUCAUUAGGAACUUGGCAACUUGCUUGUGCUCUCUGCAACUUACUCAGCUUGUUUAAAAACUGGGGGGAUUGAGAGUCAGUUCCGUCAGCAACAAAUAACCGUCAAGAGAGAACAAAAUCCAAAACCCUUUCAAUUCUGAAGAUUUCGCUCUCUUUCUUUUUCGUUUUCUUGAUAAACAAACCCUCCUUCACUUCAGAUGCUUCUUCCUCUGAUUUCUGACCAUGAAUUCCCAAACCACUGAGUUUCCCAUGCCUGAUGAAAGGGAGCUUGAAGUUAUAAGAUAUUGCUUCCAAGUCGAGCCUUCAUUCAUGGCCACCAAGGAUUUUUACAAAGCACCAUACAACCGUCAGCAUAGGAAGAAUGCAGUUUCAAGGAUCGCUAGGGUUAGUGAAAUUUGAUGUUGCCUUCUCUUUCAUCGUCAUUUUCUUUCUGCUCUCUGAUUUCAACACCAUGCAUGUGUUUUAUGCUUUUGUGUAAGAUUGUUAGUUUCGUUUUGCUCUUUGUUUCUUAGGCUUGUUUAGAAGCAAAUUUUCAUAUGUGAUUGGAUUACAUCAAAAACACUUUUCGAUAUAAUCCAAUCACAGACGAAAAUUUGCUUCACAACAAGCCUGAGAAACAAAGAGCAAAACGAAACUAACAAUCUUGCAUAAAAGCAUAAGACGCAUGCAUCGUUGUUGAAAUCAGAGAGCAAAAAGAAAAUGAUGAUGACUAAACGCAAUGAAAGAGAAGGCAACAUCAAAUUUCACUAACCCUAGCGAUUCUUAAAACUGCAUUCUUCCUAUGCUGACGGUUGUAUGGUGCUUUGUAAAAAUUCUUGGUGGCCAUGAAUGAAGCUCGACUUGGAAGCAAUAUCUUAUAGCUUCAAGCUCCCUUUAACUCGGUGAUUUUGGAAUUCAUGGCUUCUGAAGUUAGAGGGAAAGUGAAGGAGGGUUUGUUUCUCAAGAAAACGAAAAAGGAAGAGAGCGAAAUCUGUAGAAUUGAAAGGGUUUUGGAUUUUUUUUCUCUCUUGACGGUUGUUUGUUGCUGACGGAACUGGCUCUCAAUCCCGCCCGUUUUUAAACUUUCAUAUACGACGUCGUGUGGAUAGAACUAAGAAGCACGGCGGCAUCGUUUUGUCUCCGAUUUAUGUUUAUUUACUUUUUUCUAGAUUUAUUUUUUAACUAUAAUAAUACAAUUAAUUAAUAACUAUUGACAAAUUGUGAAUAGUUCAAUUUAAUUUGUAAUGCACAAACAUGAAAACAAAUAUUAAGAUUAAA